AUGGCAGGCGGCGGCAUCCCAUCAGCCGCUCCCGCGCUGGCCGGCGGCUACCUCACCGGCCGCGCCCUCGUCUUCCCUCUCUCCCUCAUCAUCUCCCUCUUCUUCCUCUGGGGCUUCUCCUACGGCCUCCUCGAUGUCCUCAACAAGCACUUCCAGACCGUCCUCGGCAUCUCCAAGCUCGAGUCCACGGGCCUGCAGGUCAUGUACUUCGGCGGCGGCUACCUCCUCUUCUCCCCCAUCGCGGCCGAGUGCCUCAAGCGCCGCGGCUACAAGCAGACCAUCCUCAUGGGUCUCGGCCUCUACUCCCUCGGCGCCAUCCUCUUCUGGCCCGUCGCCCACGCCUCCACGCAGACCACAAACACCCGCGCAGUCUUCGGCGGCUUCUGCGCCUGCACCCUCGUCAUCGCCUGCGGCCUCGCGACCCUCGAGACCGCCGCCAACUCGUACGCCGUCGUCAUCGGCAAGCCCGAGUCCGCCUCCGCCCGCCUGCAGUUCUGCCAGUCCUGGAACGGCGUCGCCUCCUUCAUCGGCCCGCUCAUCGCCUCCAAGUUCUUCUUCUCCGGCGCCAACGCAAACUCCCUGACCAACGUCCAGUACGUCUACCUCGCCGUCUCCUGCGCCGGCGCCGCCGUCGCCGUGCUCUUCUUCUUCGCCCGCCUGCCCGAGGUCUCGGAGCAGACCAUCGAGGACUCCGGUCCGUCCGCCGACGCCAUGCCCGGCCAGGACGUCGGCCAGGGCCCCAUCUACAAGCAGUACAACCUCAUCUUCGCCUUCCUCGCGCAGUUCUGCUACGUCGGCUGCCAGGUCUCCAUCGCCACCCUCUUCAUCAACUAUGCCCACGAGAACGGCGGCUUCACAGACUCCCAGGCCGCCAACAUGCUGUCCUACGCCCUCAUCACCUUCACCGUCGGCCGCUUCAUCGCCACCGCCCUCGCCACCGUCUUCCAGUCCGACUUCCUCAUGAUCAUCUACACCGUCUGCGCCAUCGCCCUGACCGCGUACUGCUGCGUCGGCCGCGGCACCUCCGCCGUCGCCGUCCUCAUCGUCAUCUUCUUCUUCGAGGCCCCCAUGUACCCGACCCUCUUCACCCUCGGCACGGCCAACCUCGGCCGCCACACCCGCCGCGCCGCCGGUAUCAUGGUCCAGGGUGUCGCCGGUGGUGCCGUCUUCCCCCCCAUCCAGGCCGCCAUCGCCGACCACUCCAGCACGCGCAUCUCGUACGUCGUGCCUCUCGUCGGCUUCGUCUACGUUCUGGGAUACGUCACCAUGCACUGGCUCCGCCACGGCCGCCACGUUAUGCGCGUCAAGGAGGCCGACUACCCUCCUGUUGAGAGAGACGUCGAUGGCACCGUUGUCGUGGAGGAGAAGAAGAACACUGAUGCCUGGGUUGAGCGCAUCUAA